AUGCCAAUAAUAAUGCUGGAUUAUCAGCGUGUAGCGAAUGCACUAAACUUGAGUUUGCCUACUGUAAUUAAGGUGUCAGCGGCAAUGAAAGGCAAUGUGAGGUUAAAUUCUCCUACAAAAAAUCGUAGAAGAAAGAAAACAGUGACUGAUACAUCAUUGUUAAAUGUUAGUGCUAUCCGUAACGAAAUUUAUGAUAUGUAUAAAAAUCGUAAGUAUCAAUGA